AUGUUAACAUGCCGGACGCAGUUUGCCGGAGCCUUUUUGCGCCAUUUCCAGAAGCGGAACAAGAUGCCCUCUCACCCGGUCGUGUUUGAAAGCCGUGGAGGUAUUCCAGUCGAUCAGAAAGUCACUGAAGGCAUGGAUAUCCUGAUUGCUGGCGCGGAUACUACAGCGUUAACUCUGACAACGGGCUUCUUGCAUAUCCUGAAGUAUCCAGAGAUUAGACGCAAACUGCUCGAAUCUCGGAGGCAGGCCUUCCCGUCAGCCACCAAACAGCCGGUGCUUCGUCAAGUGGAAAGGUCGACCAUUUGUACUCGGCAGACUUCGCCGAGUCGUCCCCGACAAUCUUCAGAGCGCCUCACAGUCGAUGGCCAGAUUGUCGCCACAGGGACGUUUGUCUCCAUGUUGGCAUAUUCCAUGCACACGAGGACUGAGGCAUGGGGGACCGAUGCGAGCGGGUUUUACUUAGAUCUACGGCUGCACCGAAAUAAAAAGGGUCUGGAACAAUAUCUGUGA